UCUUUGUAAAAUCUUUAAUAUGAUAGGAAAUAUCUAAUUUAUUGAAAAAAAUAUUUGCGCAGGUAUUUCCCAUGAUUCUUCCCGUUGUUGUUUACAUCAUGGCGGCUCACUCGAAUGCGAGCAGGUGCUCGUUGCUGACGAAUUGUUUUAUCGUGGUAUUUGUUUCUUUGAUUUGUUUUGUAUCUUUGGUUACAUCGCAAUCGAGCACGCCUACUAGUGCAACAACGUCAAACGAUUCAAGCACAUCAGAAACGCCGCCGACCUCUACACCAGGAACAACGCAAGCCCCAACAACGACUACAACACCCGCGCCAACACAACCACCAUCGCAAAUACCGGCAAACACAGAUAUUGGGACAUGUCCUUGUGACCUUACCGGCAAUGCCUGUGAUGUGAACUGUUGUUGUGACACAGACUGCUCAGCUGAUGAUAGGCUAUCCUUCAGCCAGUGUCUACCUUUUUCAUACAGUGUUGAUGACCGAUUGUGCCUUCAAGAACAAGUGAUACUUCUUGAAAACUCUCCUUAUUUCUCAAAUGUGACCUCGGACAACCUCUUCUGCAUAUAUAUUGAUAAUCGAGCGCAGCGAAACUUCUACUAUAACCCUUCCCUGGUCAGUACUGAUGCCACGUUCAACAAGUAUGUGGCCGACUACGGAAGUUUCACCUUCCAGCCUCAGGCGUCGCCUGUUCCAACAUCCUACCCAGACUACUACCAGUCGGGGGAUUCAAUCUACACAGUGUUUCCAACCCAGGCGCAGGGGAAGCUAGGACUGCCGGAGUCACUGUCAUCAACGUUCUGUGCUGAUGGCAACCCAAUGGCCUAUCUACUAGAUGAGUCCCAUGACUGUGUGCGUCUUCUGUCCAACCUGGCCACAGAAUGUACGAGUGUCUUGGCACUGAGUGCUAACACCUAUUACCAGGGAUUCAGGGUGGUCACAACGCCUGCCUUGUUCCAGCGGUACACCCCAGUGAAUGAUUCCCUCCGGAAUGACACAAUAUAUCUGCAAUCGCUUAACACAGCUGCGGUGGACCUGUCCGGGGUGACUGAUGUGUAUAACAACACCUACACUGUGGCAGUCGAACUGGACCCUGUCCUGUGUGAGGGGCCUGAUGGAGUUGUCUCCCCUUGUGGUGUCACCACCCCACCUGUUCCUGCCUGGGAUGCAGUAGGAUUGCAGUGUAACAACACUGUAGCUGGGGUCAGUUAUCGGAUCAUCCAUAAUGGAACAUCGGGCAUCGUUUCUGUCUUCGCUCAGUUGACUUUGGCCAACAUUCCCGCUGCAAACCAGCGUUUCACUCAGCGCUUCUCAAGCUCCUUCAGAGGGUUGAGUGAAGCCGAUCCCCCCCCUUUGUCCGGAGUGGCAAUCCAGGCUAUAUCCAGGGGGCGCCACUCAUGGCUGGAACAGGAAAUUCUCCUGAACUCCAAUCGUGACGAGUGGCUGACCUUGGUGCGAGCAUCAGCAAACGGCAACUGUAUCACAGACACCAGUCGGGACAGGGUCUCCGUCCAGUUCAAGGAUGAUGCACGUUCGGGAUGCUUCAUCCAGAUUUCCAUGGAGAAUGUGACGAACAACUGUGAGAUGAUACAGCAAGCCAUCAUCAAUGCCAUGGAGGGCAGCACGGCGCCGGUGUAUGACCCUGCUACAGGCGCCUACCCCGCCACUGACCGUUACGUGGCCAUCUUCGGCAACUCAGACGUAAAGAAAGUGGGUGACUGGACCCCCCAUCUUGGUACAGAACCGACCUACUCUCAGUGCAGUAAGUUGCUUGCAUCUCAGGGACUCCUCAAGCGUCUAGGCAUUUUAAUGUAUUCUUGGAACCCUGCUACAGGCUCCAACUGCUUCCUGUCUCUGGGGAUGCACAUCCAGGUGUUGUACGCCUACGUCGGCUCCCUUGUCAACCCACAGCCCAAGAUCAUUGGCAUCUCCUUCCUGUAUGAUGCCCCUCAGAGUGUGUUCUUCAGGUGUGAGGGACCCUACUGCCAGCCCGGGUCCACACUCACCCAGAAGAUCGAGAUCUCUAGUUCCGUUUCGUUCAUUGACGUCUCCCAGCCUGCUAUCCCCUACGAAGCAGAGAGGCCUGUCUUCCUGGCCAAAGUGCCGUACGACUUCUUCUACCCGUUCCUGGACAGCGCAUCACCGAGACAUCAGGGGGAUAUCACGUUGUUAGCGUAUUGUUUUGUUAGUGUAUUAGUUUGGAGGUUAUACAUAAAAUUGUAACAUUUAUGAACCUUAAGGAUGUAUAUAAUUGAACACUGGUAAUAUUGUUUGAUGCUCUCAUGAAUUCAUACUUCGCAGGCAGUGUUUGAAAAAAAUGUUUGAAAUCUCAUGAGAUGUUAAUAUGGGUAUGGGCAUCAUAUGCUUAGAAUGAAGAAAUGAAAACUUAUAAACCCCUUAUCCGGAGUUGAGUAGUAUAUAAUGAAUGUAGAACGACAGUUUAAUCUCUUUAUCAGCGUUCGAAAUACCUACCUGCCCGACCGCCCUGGACUGGUUAUUUUCAACACAGACUGCCAGAUUCUUAAAUUCACCUGCCAGCCGGUCGGGUUAAAAUUUAGACAUGUAUAUGAAUAUAUUUUGUGGGCAGGUAAGUUUUGGUGAGGGCUGGCAAGUUUUACAUCUAACCAGCCCUAUGGUCAGGCUGAAUUUUUUGGGAGCUUCAUACCCUGAUCUUAUUUAAUUAUAAAUGACAUUGUGAAGAGAUCACUGCCUAUGUAAUAAAUUGUUUUGCAUUUGUGAGUCCUCACUUUAAAACAUAAUCAUGGAUAUCAGAAAUCCUUCCAUUCCAGUUGUAAUAUAUAAUUUUAGUUGUAUAUAUGUAUUUUAUUAUAUUACACAUUGAUGUAUGAUUGUUUCAUAGACAAGUUGUAUAUAUUUUUUCACUUUUUCAUCCCAUAAUUCCGUCCAUUCAUUAAGCCCUGAGAAUUACCAUGUGCAGACUUACACAGAAACUGUGUGGGUUUGUGAACAAUACACAGUAGUUUCAAGUGGAUCUUUAAGAGGUUGGGGUAUGCUGGUUUUAUUAUUUAUAACUACAAAUGUCUUUUAAGUGAGUAAAGCAAGUUUGGCAUAGGUCUAAAUUGCAACCUCAUGUAUACAAUCCAUUUCAUUGAAACCAAAAAAAUUAUGUAUGAUCUUUUAGCAAAAAAUGGUAUUCCUGGGCAUUACUAUAAGAUAGCACAUUGUAUAGCACAGAAUAGAGUUAUGCUACUCUACAGAGUUUUAGAACAGCUGAUUCCUUCAUAUUCUAUAGUAAAUUCAUCAUGACUUACUAAUUACCAUGGUAAUGUUAAAGAGUCACACGUUCUUUGACUUCUUUGGAGUAAAUAUUAUGUAUAGAGAUAUUUAUAAACUUUUUAACUACUAUUAUUUGUUUGGUUGUAUUUUGUCUUGUGUUUGAUACAUGCCUGUGCCAGUAGCAGCACUGUGUCCAACUCCAAGAUGAAUACAUCUGCAAGUGUUUGGAUGUAAGUAAUCUCUGAAUAAAUGAUGUUAUUACUUU